AUGGGUCACCAUUCUUGUUGCAAUCAACAGAAGGUUAAGAGAGGGCUAUGGUCGCCGGAGGAAGACGAGAAGCUCAUCCGUUACAUAACCACCCACGGCUAUGGCUGCUGGAGCGAAGUCCCCGAGAAAGCAGGGUUACAAAGAUGUGGAAAGAGUUGUCGUUUAAGGUGGAUAAAUUAUUUGAGACCAGACAUUAGAAGAGGGAGAUUUACACCUGAAGAGGAAAAGUUGAUCAUCAGCCUUCAUGGGGUUGUCGGCAACAGAUGGGCUCACAUAGCAAGUCAUCUCCCCGGAAGAACAGACAACGAGAUAAAAAACUAUUGGAAUUCAUGGAUCAAGAAAAAGAUUCGAAAGUCCAAUUCUACAACUCCGACCGCCACCACAACCACCACCGUCACCUCCGCCACCACCACCGAGCAUAUCCAACUAAGUUCGAAUCCCCACCAACUCAAUUUCCUCACUCAAGACCUAACAACCAAACAACUCUCCCUCCACCAAGAAACCCUAUUUCCAGCCCUUUCAUGCCCUCUCUUCAUGUUUGACACAUCCUCUCAAGAACUAUUCCAUGAUUCAUUGAGUCUCAACUCGGAUACUACUUGGCACAUGAACAACCACCACAACCACCUGUUUCCCACGGCGGUGCUCGGCCCUCAAAUGGGGUUAGCUGCCGGGGGGACAACGGUUAUGAACAACACGAAUAAUUAUUUGCCACCAUUGAUAGAAAACAUUGAAAGUUUGGUGACAAUGGAGGAUGAAGGAGAGAUGGCAUUGCAAUGCUUGGAAAGGCAAGAGCUGAACGAGUGGGUGGUUGAGUCAACUCAGCCACAAAACUCUAAUUUUCUAUUUUGGGAAAAUGUUGAAGGAUCUCUUGGUGGGGAAGAAAUUAUUGCACCACCUUCUUCAAAUGCUACCAUUGGAGGAGGAGGAGCUAAUAAUACAUUAUCAUCUUCUUUCCCUACAUCUCUAUAA